AUGGAUGAAAUCAAGUGGAAUAAUGUGCAUGAUGGCAUGCUAGAGUCAUUGAAACCGGUUAUUUUUUCUGGUUCAACGUCUCGGCGUCGUGCUGGCCUUCAUGAACUUCAUGAGAAAAUCCUAUCACACGAGUUGCCAAAGGAACAAGAUAGGCCUCUCCUAGAUUUGCUUUUCGGAACAUAUCCUAUUUACGUUGAUCGAGAUUCUCGCCGAGAUGCGCAGCGAUGUAUUCGCGAUAUAUUUCAAGCUCCGAUAGCGUCCGUUGAUCUCAAAGAUUUCGCGAAUAAGCUCCACAAGGAAUGUUAUAAGCCAGCAAUUGCUGCUGCCAAUGCCUUCGUCUUGAUCGAGUGGUGCACAUUGCUUUUGCAGCACCUAAGCCAACGCGAAGCAGAAAACCCUGAAGAUGCAACCCAGCUGGCAGUGAACGUUCUAUCUGCAAAUUCAAAAGCACUGGAAACGUGUCUUCGAUCAUCUAAAAAGGAGGGUCUAAAACACUCUGCUAUCAUAGUGUCUAGACGCGCUUUGCGAACCGUUCUAUCAAAGGAGGAAAACGGCGAUGAAGUGGUGCGGCGACUUGUUCGUGUGCUUACCAGCGAGACGGGUUCAGGAUUUAGAAACGCUCCCUACCUCGGAGUUCUAUCUGGAGUUUGCGCGCGACUUCGCAAAAGAAGAGCGGUUUUAGACGAUGUGAAGCCUGCCAUUUUUCAAUUCUAUAUCAAAGAUGUCAUUGGGUCUCGAACAGUGGUUCCUAGCCACAUCGCUGGAAGUUUAGGCGACUUUUUCAUCUCAUUUGCCUCCGCGGAGGAUCUCCAAAAAGAAAUCUGGCCAUCACUUGAAAAGGCUAUGCUUAGGAGCCCUGAAGUGGUUUUCACCGGCAUUAUUCCCUCUUUUGUGGCUGCAAUUCCAUGCGAGAUUGAACUGUCCGAAGUGGUUUCCACACGACUUACUAAACCCCUUCUUUCGAGCUUUAAGUCCGCCAGUCAAACAGUCCGGCAAGGGGCAGUCAAAGCUUUCGAGGCUUUGAUUGCUAAAUGCAAGGAAGAACAGUGGCUUCUGAAAAUCAUCGAUGAAGUCAUUCUCCCUUUGAAAACCUCAAGAAUUACAAAUGCUGAACAUCGCGCGCUCCAGGUACAAGUUCUCAGCAUCUUUCAUUGUUUUCCAGAGCUGUCCCACAGGGUACUGUCGGGCCUUUCGCCUGCCCUUGCACGUGAGAGUAAUGAGGCCGCACUCGAGUCAGAAGUACAGGCGUUUUGUCACCACCUGGCAUAUCUGAUCCGUUCUCAAUCCACGAUUAGCAAGGAAGAUUUCUCUGUUGUUGCCAAAGGCUGCGCUGAGAAACGAAGUGCUUUUCGCAAAAUUUGGAUUUCUAAUGUUGGAGAGGUCAUCUGGAAUCUUGACCGUGAUUCCUUGUUCUCUUCAUCGAGUGUGAAGACCAAUUUCCUGAAACCGGUGGUGGAAAAAAUUUCAAGUUCAUUUCACGAGAUAAACGCCAACCCCCUGCCUGCAGUUCAAGGUGGAACUAUUUCAAUAGCCUAUGUUCUUCUGGCCCUCUCAUGUCAGAAUCUUCAAGGAGGAAAGCUAGACGAUGGCAGUUUACUCCUUAAUACUGAUGUCAUUGUCGGCCAAUCUCUAUCAUUAUCUCCGAAACAAUCUUUCUUACUCAAUCCCAGGAUCUUCACAAAAUUGGCCUCAAAAGACGAGCUUGCAUGGAAUAUUCGCGCGUUAUCCGGAGUUUCAUCAGUGGCUGCCUUUCAAGCUGUAGACCCAACAGUGAGAGAUACUUGGGCACAAGCUUUUAUUUAUGUAAUUUCCUCCGCAGCUACACCUGAGAAUUUGCGAGAAUCUGCGAUUUCCCAUCUUCGCAACUGUUAUCUCAAGAAUCCGCAAGUGGUCGGAAUGGCCAUCAUCAGCGCGAUGUGGAAGUGGUUGCUCGCCGUUGAUACAGGAGAUAAGGAUUCUGCUGCUCUCAGUGCAGGCACAGGCGGUGAUAAACUCCUGCUUGUUGUUAGAGCUAUCACUCCCAGUCCCAAUGUUGUGGAUUCCCUGGUCCUCGAUCGUCAAUUAAUUGAACUCCUGGUGCUAUGCCGCCCAGAACUCAUCCCCAGAGCUAAUUGGAUAGAGAUUACGCUGAGAGCUGGUGCAGAUCCCGGCAAAAUUGCCCAAAGCUAUCCAAAAGAAUGCAUAGCACAGGUGCUUCUCGCUACAGAAGACCCAAUUCGAUCCAAACUAUCCAAGGGAAGGACAGCGGCGUGGAAUGCUGCUGCUGACCUGGCUUUCGUGGCGCCCGAUGUCAUGAUGCCUAUACUUGUGAAGCAAAUUCAAGAGGAUCUCAACAUAGACAGGAUUACGAGAUUUGGGCCCACUGACAUUGCAAUUGCGCGACAUUCGGGAGAAACACCCUUCAUAGACGUCCUCAGUACCAAGACUAAAAGAUUACCUGGCAAAGGAGACAAGGAUUACGACACUCUUAAAUGGGAAGCAGAACUUCGAGCCGAAAUGGCUCAGAAACGUGGUCAAUACCAGAAAAAGCUAACACCAGAAGAGCAAGUUAAGGUCAAAGCGCAGUUAGUAAAGGAAGCAGAAAUUCGAAAAAGUAUCCAAAUUCAGGAGCAAAUAAUUAGGAGAGGAGCCGGCAUCGUCGAAAGUCUCGCUAGAGGGCCCACCACUGAAGCUGAAGAAUGGAUAAACCAAGCGGUUAACUGUCUAUGUCAGCUUGUCGAAGUUGACGCGGGUGCUUUAGUCGGCAGUAGUAUCUCCGAAGCCUAUGUUGCGUGUACCAGCCGAAUAUCCAGUCGCCUGGAAGAAAUUAGGCCGUUUAUUGGAAUUGCUACCCUUCGCUCUCUGGGCAAAACUUACAUGCCUUCUGACCUUGAAGUGGAGCCACUGGGAACCCUCGUGACUCGAAUUCUUUAUCGCAUCCGACUCGCUUCGGAGCAGCGACCAUUCGAUGUUGUUUCCUUCGGAAUUAUGCUUCGGCUAAUAAUUGUCGUUCUUGAAAAGGAUGGCGUUAAGGAGGUGGCAGAAAGCCGAGGGGAACAGAUCCUUCUGGCGCUUGAAUUUCUCACAAUUCACGCAAAUCUAUUUUCCGAUAGCAGAUUGCCGAGAACUGAAGUCCUACGAAAAUUGAUAUCUGCGAUGCGAAUUCAUGCGGAGCAUUAUAAGUUAAUGCGAGAUCUUCUGAUUGAUAUUUGCCGUUCUGUAACAGACAAUGUCCAACCGGAUGAACUCACGAUCCUACUUCAAGGAGUGAUAGUUCCAGAAACAUCAGUUCGGACUGCGGUUCUCCAAGCCAUCGAGGCUGAGAUUGACCUCACUGAUCUUGAUUUUUCUGAGUACAUCUGGCUCGGAUGCCAUGAUCAUGUUUUUGAAAAUGCGGAAAUAUCCAAGGCUAUAUGGGAAGAGAACGGCCUCGAAGUCGAUGCGAACUCGCCCGAUUUUAUUAUGGAGUAUCUCGGUACGGCCGAUUCGCAACUGCGGGGUGCAGCAGCAGUGGCUCUCGCGCAUGCUUGCAAGUUCAGCCCUUCUGUAUUUACGACUACUUUGGAGAAGCUUGAGACCAAAUACCGGGAUGAAAUUAAACCAAGGGCUCCAGAAACGGACGCAUACGGUAUGCCCAAGAAGGUAGAUACUCCGGACAAUUGGCAGCUUCGAAGCGGAAUAGCUUUGGCUCUUAAAUCUAUGGCCCAGGGUUUUCAUGGAGAUCAAAUCGUUGGUUUCUUACAAUUUUUAAUCAGCGAUGGCCCACUUGUUGAUCAAAAUGUGUCAGUCCGACGGCAAAUGGCGGAAAGUGGGAGUGCAGCCAUAGCUUUGCAUGGACAAGGUAACGUCGAGGAACUAAUGCAUCUAUUCGAGAAGACAUUAGAGACGUCCGACAAAGCGACAGAACAAUCAGAUUGGCUUAACGAGGCCGUUAUAAUUCUAUACGGCUCCCUCGCGCGCCAUCUCAAGAGUGGGGAUAAGCGGUUGCAGACGGUCAUUAAGAAACUCCUUGCUGCCCUUUCCACUCCGUCUGAAAGUAUUCAGUAUGCUGUUUCGGAGUGCCUGACACCCCUUAUUCGGCUCUCUCCUACAGAGACGUCUGUCUAUAUAGACGAAUUGGUGGAUCAGCUUUUGCACUCGAAAAGGUACGCUACAAGACGCGGGGCUGCGUAUGGUUUGGCAGGUAUUGUGCAUGGAAGAGGCAUAUCUGCUUUGCGUGAAUUCCGUAUCAUGCCACGGCUCAAGGAGGCAUCCGAAAAUAAGAAAGAUCCAAAUGAGAGACAAGGGUCACUCCUUGCUUUCGAGCUCCUUUCACUAAUCCUCGGCCGAAUGUUUGAGCCUUAUAUCAUUCAAAUACUACCCCAAUUACUCACUGCUUUCGGCGACCCCAGUGUUGAUGUUCGUGAUGCAUGUUUAGAUACUGCCAAAGCGUGCUUCGCUAGCCUAAGCUCUUAUGGUGUGAAACAAAUUUUACCGACUCUUCUCGAAGGCUUGGAUGAUCCACAGUGGAGGAGUAAGAAGGGCGCCUGCGACCUUCUAGGAGCUAUGGCCUAUCUCGAUCCUCAGCAACUUGCUGUCAGCCUUCCCGACAUCAUCCCUCCUCUCACCGUCGUCCUCAAUGACAGUCAUAAGGAGGUCCGCAAUUCCGCGAAUAGGAGCCUUCAACGUUUUGGAGACGUCAUAAGCAAUCCUGAAGUAAAAGGUCUUGUUAAUAUUUUACUAAAGGCUCUUAGCGACCCCACGAAGUAUACAGACGAGGCUCUGGAUGCUCUGAUUAAAAUAUCAUUUAUUCACUACCUAGAUGCGCCUUCGCUGGCACUCAUUGUGAGAAUCCUCGAAAGAGGACUUGGUGAUCGAUCCACAACAAAACGGAAAGCUGCUCAGAUCAUCGGCAGUCUGGCUCAUCUAACUGAACGCAAAGACCUUACCUCGCAUCUCCCGAUCCUUGUUGCCGGCCUCAAAAUCGCAAUCGUCGAUCCUGUGCCUACCACUCGUGCAACAGCUUCGAAGGCUCUUGGUUCUCUCAUUGAGAAACUAGGAGAGGAAGCAUUGCCGGACUUGAUCCCAAGCUUAAUGACUACUCUCAAAUCAGAUACCGGAGCGGGAGAUCGGCUGGGCUCUGCUCAGGCCCUCUCCGAAGUUCUUGCCGGGCUGGGGACGUCUCGACUCGAAGAAACCUUGCCAUCAAUCUUACAAAACGUAUCAAGUGCCAAGUCUGCAGUUCGAGAAGGAUUCAUGUCGUUGUUUAUCUUUCUUCCUGCUUGCUUCGGGAAUAGCUUUGCUUCAUACCUCAACAGAAUCAUUCCUCCCAUAUUAUCCGGUUUGGCGGAUGAUGUGGAGGCAAUACGAGAGACUUCCCUUCGGGCCGGUCGCUUGUUAGUUAAGAAUUUUGCUACUAAAUCGAUCGAUCUCCUGUUGCCUGAGCUUGAACGAGGCCUUGCAGAUGAUAGCCACCGUAUUCGACUUAGCUCUGUUGAAUUAGUAGGAGACCUCUUGUUCAACCUCACCGGCAUUAAUACCAAGGCGGAUAUAGAAGAAGAGGAUGAUACCGCCGCUCAAGCUGGCCAAUCUUUGCUUGAAGUGCUUGGUCAAGAUAAGCGGAAUAAGGUCUUGUCUGCACUUUACAUAUGUCGCUGUGAUACCUCAGGGCUUGUUCGAAGUGCUGCAAUAAAUGUAUGGAAGGCUUUGGUUGCCAGCCCUCGAACUCUCAAAGAACUGGUGCCGACAUUGACCCAACUCAUCAUCCGUCGCUUGGGGAGCGCAAAUAUGGAACAAAAGGUUAUUGCUGGAAAUGCAUUGGGUGAAUUGAUCAAGAAAGCGGGCGAAGGCGUUCUCUCAACCCUGUUGCCAUCACUUGAAGAAGGGCUCCUGGCGUCCACUGAGGUUGACGCAAGGCAGGGAAUCUGUAUCGCUCUCCGUGAGCUCGUCAUCUCCUCUUCUGGGGAAUCUCUCGAGGUGUAUGAGAAGAUUCUUAUUUCUACUGUUCGGACAGCGUUGCUUGAUUCAAAUCAAGAUGUCCGCGAAGCAGCCGCAGAGGCUUUCGAUGCGCUUCAGCAGGCCCUAGGAAAGCGUAUUGUUGAUCGGGUAUUGCCGGAUCUUCUUAAUUUGUUGCACACAGACGCAGAGGCAGAUCGGGCUCUCGCUGCUCUUCUUACGCUCCUGACUGAAACUACGCGCGCGAACAUAAUUCUUCCUAAUCUUAUUCCGACUCUUCUUGCUAGUCCCAUGACGAGCUUCAACGCAAAGGCACUGGCAUCGCUGGCUGAAGUCACCGGUGGCGCGCUCACUCGAAGGCUUCCAAAUAUUCUCAACACCCUCAUAGACAAUUCUCUUUCGACAAAGAACGAAAAGCUCCGGCCCGAGAUUAACAGCGCCUUUGACACAGUCCUUAAUUCAGUCGAUGAGUUUGAUGGAUUGAAUGCGGCGAUGAAUGUCAUGAUUACACUCAUGAAACACGAAGACCACCACAAGCGUGCAGCUGCCGCAAACCGCUUGUCAUCGUUCUUCGGGAAAACAACUCUCGACAUAUCUCGUUAUUAUCCUGAGUUAGUUCGGGUAUGCCUUAUAUCGUUUGAUGACUAUGAUACGAAUGUGGUGGCCGCAGCCUGGGAAGCUCUUAGCCAAUUAACGUCACAUAUGCGGAAAGAAGAAAUGGAAGUAUUGGUGAUUCCAACGAGACAAGUCCUCCGGCAGGUCGGCGUUGCAGGUGCCAAUCUUCCAGGAUUUUGUAGGCCCAAGGGAAUCAGCGCAGUCUUCCCCAUUUUCCUUCAGGGUUUGCUGAAUGGAACUGUUGAGCAACGGGUGCAAUCCGCUUUAGCUAUCGGAGAUAUCAUAGAUAGGACCAGCACCGAAGCUCUAAAACCGUUUGUGACACAGAUCACUGGUCCAUUGAUCAGAGUGGUUUCAGAACGUUCCGUUGAGAUCAAAUGCGCGGUCUUUUCGGCUAUCAACAAAUUGCUGGAGAAAAUUCCACUCUUCAUCAAACCAUUCCUCCCUCAGUUGCAAAGAAUUUUUGCUCGAGGCCUGGCAGACUCUAGCAGCGAGACAUUGCGGUCAAGAGCGGCUAAAGGGUUGGGAAUUCUUAUCACUUUGACGCCUAGGGUCGAUCCCCUUAUUUCAGAACUGGUCGCUGGUUCCAAAACGUCAGACUCAGGUGUGAAGAGUGCUAUGCUCCGCGCCUUGCAUGAGGUGGUCGCUAAGGCUGGCAAAAAUAUGAGCGAUGCAUCCAAACAAGCCAUCCUUGAGCUCAUUGAUGAUGAAUCGGCCGAUCGUGAUGAGGCAACGAACAUCGCCAAUGCCCAGCUCGUCGGAGCCCUUAUCAAGUCACUUCCAGAGGCUACGGCCGUGCCACUGAUUAAAAACCGCGUUCUCACAUCUCACUACACACACCUCUCUGUCCUCGCACUUAAUUCUAUUUUGGCUGAAUCCCCGAGGUCUAUAACUGACACAUUUCCCGAUGAAACCCUAUCGACUAUAUGCGAAGGUAUCAAGCAUAAGGAUGUGUUUAUUGCCGACAACAGUGUCCUGGCUGCCGGCAAGUAUUUAUUAACAACAGAUAUUGAUCGGGAUGCCGAAACAGAUAGAGUUGUGCUUGAGGCUUUGACAUCAGUGAUACCACCCGGCAACCCGGCUGAUACGCGUCGUGUGGCUUUAGUAGUGCUUCGCACAGUCAGCCGCUUAGAGCCCGGUCUUGUUGGACCACACCUUUCUCUACUCAUACCACCCGUAUUCUCUAGCGUCAGGGACCUAGUCAUCCCCAUCAAGCUUGGUGCUGAGGCAACAUUCCUCGCCUUACUGCAGGUGGUGGAUACCGGAAGCGUCAUUUUUGAUACAUACCUCCAGGGACCGGGGGCGGGCCUCCCAAUGACAACAAAGCGAAGCAUGCAAGACUAUUUUAAGCGCGUUGCUCUGCGUCUUGCAACCCAAGCUCGCGAACGAAGGGAUGCAGAAGGCGGUGCUGGAGGCCUCGAUUUAGCGAGCGACGAGGCUGACGAUGAAAAGGAACUUUGGAGCGUGGGAAAGGUGGAUCUGGGCGAUUUCUCUGAGGAUUAAGGCAGUUACCUAAGAUGUGGCUCAGAUGGUAGCUAUUAGUAUCUAAAAACAAUCUGUACACAAUCCCUCGUGCUAUUUUG